AUGGGCUCUUCUUCUAACGUCGUUGUAGCAUCAUCUAAUUCUCGUUUCAUGAUCAUUAGUACUCAAAAUACAUUUCAUAGAGUUUCUCCUUUCCUUGUAAACAAAUUAAUACAAUCAACAAUUGGUGAAGUACAAAACAUUAAAAAACUACGUUCUGGUGACCUUUUGUUGCAGACUUCCGAGAAACAAGCUCUUCUUAUUAGUAAACUCACCAAAUUAGGAGAUUUUCCUGUCCAAACAGCCUUACAUAAAACUUUAAACUUUUCACGUGGUGUCAUUUCCGAGCCGGAUCUCAUCGACUUAUCUGAUGGAGAUCUUGUAACAGAAUUUUCAGACCAGCAAGUAUGCGCCGCGCGUCGUAUCAACAUUCGGCGUGACGGUCAACUUAUACCAACAAAACACAUCGUAUUAACUUUUCAAACUCCAGUUCUUCCUAAGUCAAUCAAAGCAGGGUACCAAAUUUGUAGAGUUCGACCAUAUAUACCUAACCCUCUUAGGUGUUUUAAAUGCCAAAGGUACGGCCAUUCCCAGCAAGCAUGUCGUAGCAAAAUGAUCAUGUGUGCAAAAUGUGCUGAACCUGGACAUGAGAUAAAUAAUUGCCAUUCAGACACCAUGAAGUGCGUUAAUUGCUCUGGGUCUCAUACUUCUUUCUCCAAGUCUUGCCCUAAAUGGACUCUAGAGAAGGAAGUUAUAUCCACAAAAAUACGGAAAAAUAUAUCCUUCGCAGAAGCAAGAAAAUUAAUAAAUGAUAGAACUCCAAAAGUUGGUGCAUCUUACUCUGGUAUACUAAAAGCAACACUAACAUGUAGUAGUGCUCAAACCGAUUCUCGUAUAACUCAAUUACCACCCACUAGUUCAGUUUCAAAUCAAACUACAAAAUUGCCAGCAGUCUCCUCUGUUCCUUCGAUGUCAUCCAAUUAUCCUGUAAAUGAUAAAAUUGCCAAACGUAAUUGCAGUAAUAAAACAAAAAUCUCCACGAUAUCAUCUCUUAAAGCGUUUAAAGUAAAUGCAAAACAAAGAACAAAAAAGAAAGCAUUAUUGAAUCGACCCCUUGUGGCAGAAGAUUUCUUAAAAACUUACACGUCGUCUUCUGAGUUCUCCGAUAUGGAAUUAGACCGGUCUACUACCUCUAAAAAUCAAUCAGGUGGGGAAAAAAAGAAAAAACCUCCAGAUAAAUCCCAAUCUUGA